UGAAUUUGGUACAUGAGCUCCUGAGACAGGAGGAGGUAAGAAUUUUACAAACCAUUAUGAUAUAACACUAAUUAUAUCUUUAUUUUUUAAUCUUUAUCUUUUUUUUUUGUAUAACAUAUAAUAUAGAAGCAGAUGUGAGACCCAUUACUUGGCAUCCAUACAAUUUGGAAAUGUUGCCCCCCCACCUACACGAUCAAAUCCAAUAUCGUACAGUCGUCGCCCCUUUAUUUUGCUACAACUAUGUGGAGCGUCAUUGUCCACAUGUUGUAGCAAAACAGUUUGAGGUCCUUGAUGGAGUUGAAUUACAAGAUGUUGGAUCUGAUAUGAAAACGAUAAAAUUCAAAGCAAAUAGAGGAAAUUGUUCAAUCAAUUUCCGAGAUCAUUAUAAAAAAGAGGUGGUACAAUGGGAUGAAAUUGGUAGUCGGUUAGCAGAAAACUUCCAGCCUGCUCAACAAUCCACUCCCGAGCCAGAAGCUGCUCACCAAACACCCACUUUUGAAGUUAGUCCAACCAAUUCCCCGCAUCUCUCCGAACAGGUUGACACUAGUGAAGCAGAAAACUUCCAGCCUGCUCAACAAUCCACUCCCGAGCCAGAAGCUGCUCACCAAACACCCACUUUUGAGCUAGAAGUCACUCACCAUUCACCCACUCCCGCGCAUAAUGCCACAUUGGAAGUUACUCCAACCAAUUCCCCGCAUCUCUCCGACGGUGAUGUGCAUUCUUCUCCACCAUCAGACCAUGUUAUGUUUGACACUAGUGAAGGUAAAAUAUUUAACUAUGUUAUGUUUUUAGUUACAGGUUGA